CGACUUCACAUCCUUUUCUUCACCAGAGAAUACACAGCAAAAAUUUCGCGGCGAAACCGAGACAAUUUCGAUUUUCUGUGUGUUUUGAGAAUUUCGUUCAAUUAUUUAGGAAAAUUAACACUUUAAUAAGUGAAAUGGGGACAACCGAAGAAAUUUUAACGGAGCUUCUCGGCGUUGAAAUGGAACUUCAGGAUGUUCAAGAGCAAAUAAAGGCGUUGCUCGAACAACAAGAAAAUUUACAUGAGAGGCAAUCCGAACUUAAAGCUCUACUGGAACAUAAUGAGUUAUCUUGGAGCCAUGGAGGAGAUGAAGCUUCUGUUUCUGUGGAGAACUGGUCUGGGCCAUUUGAAUGGGAUUCUCAAGCUGAUGAUGUUAGGCUAAAUGUCUUUGGCAUAUCUGCAUAUCGUGCAAAUCAGCGAGAGAUCUUAAAUGCAAUCAUGAGUCGAAGAGAUGUUUUAGUGAUCAUGGCAGCUGGGGGAGGCAAGAGCUUGUGCUACCAACUUCCAGCAGUCCUCAGAGAAGGAGUGGCUCUUGUUGUUAGCCCUUUGCUGUCACUUAUUCAGGACCAGGUAAUGGGUCUGGCUGCUCUGGGUAUCAAAGCUUUCAUGUUAACAUCAACAACCAACAAGGAUGAUGAGAAGUUCAUUUAUAAAGCUCUAGAAAAGGGAGAAGGAGAGCUGAAAAUAUUGUACGUCACUCCAGAAAAGAUAUCAAAAAGCAAGCGGUUUAUGUCAAAAUUGGAGAAGUGCCAUCAUGCUGGUCGGCUCUCUCUGAUUUCCAUUGAUGAGGCACAUUGCUGUAGUCAAUGGGGUCAUGAUUUUCGUCCAGACUACCGGAAUCUUGGUAUAUUAAAGACUCAGUUUCCUGAUGUUCCCAUGGUUGCUUUGACUGCCACUGCAACGAAGAAAGUACAAGAAGAUCUGAUUGAUAUGCUACAUAUUCCAAGAUGUGUCAAGUUUGUCAGUUCGGUCAACAGGCCCAAUCUCUUUUACAUGGUACGAGAUAAAUCAUCCCUUGCAAAGUCAGCAGUUGAUGACAUAGCUGAAUUCAUACAAACAUCAUAUCCAAAUAAAGAAUCUGGGAUAGUAUAUUGCUUUUCUCGAAAAGAGUGUGAACAGGUUGCAACAGAAUUGCGAGAGAGGGGAAUCACUGCUGAUUAUUACCAUGCAGAUAUGGAUGUCCAUGCUCGUGAGAAAGUUCAUACAAGGUGGAGUAACAGCAAGUUACAAGUCAUUGUUGGCACGGUGGCUUUUGGAAUGGGAAUAAAUAAGCCAGAUGUCAGGUUCGUUGUUCAUCACAGCCUAAGCAAAUCAAUGGAGACAUAUUACCAGGAGAGUGGUCGAGCAGGAAGAGAUGGGCUUCCUUCUGAGUGCUUGCUAUACUUUAGACCAGCUGAUGUUCCUCGCCAGAGCUCAAUGGUUUUCUACGAAAAUGCAGGGUUGCCAAAUCUGUAUGACAUUGUGCGAUACUGUCUGUCUAAACAGCAAUGUCGGCGGGGAGCUAUCUUUAAGCAUUUUGCGGAGCCUUUACGAGAUUGCAAUGGGAUGUGUGAUAAUUGUGCCUCCAACAAUGAGUUCAAGGAGCUGGAUGUAUCUGAUCAUGCAAAAUUUGUAGUAUCAAUGUUGCAAGAAAUACUAGAGAAAGAGCAAAGGGCAACAAUGUUGCAAUUAGUUGACAAGAUGAAGAUCAGAAACAAGGAUAUGGAUCCCGUGCUAAAAAAGGAGCAAAUGGAACAAUUAAUAGUUCAACUUGUAGUGGAUCGUGUUUUGAAAGAAGAAUUCCAGCACACUCCAUAUACCACUAAUGCGUAUGUGACCGUGGGGCCUUUAGCAAAGCAAGUAUUGCAUGGGAAGAAAGCAGUCAAGCUUGAAGUUCGUUCUGGACAGAAAAGCAGUCUGACUAACUUGAAAUCUAACAAGCGCAGCAGAUCUAGCGGACUAGAAUUUAAGCUUGAUGAGCUGCGAAAGGAACUUGCUUCGCUUGAUGGUGGGAUUUUCCCUCACUCGGUACUAUCCACUCAGCAAAUCAGCGUGUUGAGUGAAAAGAAGCCAGAAUCAAUGGAAGAGUUAGAGAAGAUGAUCGGAAAGGUGAAGGCUGAGAAAUAUGGUGAAAAGAUUUUGGAUGAAAUCAAAAGUUAUGAACCCAAGAAUGAGAUAGAAGAGGAGCCUUCUGUUAAAAAAAACAAGAAGCCACUAGUUGUCAUAGAAAGCAGUGAAGAUGAAGCAUGAAAAUAGUUUUUAUAUGAUGUGCUAAUCAUCAUCAAAUAUUAAUAUUGCAUUGUAAUUGGAUUAACUGCAACCGUGCGACUCUGAAUCAAGUUAAUUUAUCUAAUUUGAAAAGUAUUUUGUUAGUUGUUAUUA